GUUUGGGCAACAGAAUCACAGAAUUCACAGAAUCACUGGGUUGGAAGAGACCCCCAAGAUCAUGAAGUCCAACCCAGCCCCAACCCCUCAACUGAACCCUGGCACCCAGUGCCACAUCCAGGAGCUCCCAGGGGUGCUCAGGGUGGGGUUUUUGGGGUGGCUGUGCAGGGACAGGGGCUGGGAUCAAUGAUCCCUGUGGGUCCCUUCCAGCUCAGGAUAUUUCAGGAUUCUGUGAUACUCAAAGUGUGCCUCCAGGCAGAUCCCCACAGGAAUUCCUUCACAACAUUUCCCCUAAUCUGAGGUGGUGAACUGUUUCACACUGCAGUCACAUUCAAAGGAAUUUUGUUGUUGUCUGCCCGGACAAACAGCACUGCUGGUGUUUGUGUCGUGGUUUGAGAGGGAAGUGGUGUCCCUGGACCUGACACAGGGCAUUUUGUCUGUGAGAUCCUGGUGAAGAAAAGCUCCAAGUGUCUCCAGUGGACUCCUGAGUCAUGUGCAUUGGACUGUGAACUUCAGAGUUAUUCAUUGACCAUGGAUGAGCGUGGUGGAAAAAGGAAGUUCACUUCACACCAGAGUUUCCUUAGCGUGUGUGGGAUUUUCCUCCCUCCACAAGCAGUGAGUUAUAGAUGAGGAAAAUCUCUGCAGUGGGUGCAGGGUUUUGGACUUCACCUAUUCCCAAUUUAACUGAAAAUAUCCAGGUGAACAGGGAUCUGAUUUAUGUGUUGGAGAGGGACUGUUUAUAGGAGGGUGCAGUUAAGGGACAAGGGGGAAUGGCUUCAAACUGACAGAGGGCAGGGUUAGAUUGGAUAUUGGGAUGAAAUUCUUGGGAAGAAGGUCCCUAUCCUUUUAGCAGGAGCUGGGAAGGUCAGCACAUGUCAGAAAGGGAUUACUCAAUGUAAAACAUGGCCAUGUGUGCUUAUCCUUGCUGAAAGAAUUGUUCUUAAUGCUGCUUUGUGGGUCCAAACCACAUCUUUCUAUGCAAGGGGGUGCUUCACCAGAUUGCUGCUUUAUCUGGAGGUUUUAUUUAUUUAUUUGAGUUAAAACCUCUCCAGAUCACCACAGGUCUCCUUGAGAGGAGAGCACAGGAAAACCAUUGUUUGGCCUUGCAGGAAACCCAUUGUCUGGUCUGUCAAGGCAGGAAUGUCCCCCUCAGUCUUUGCUUCUGAUCCUUUUCCAGUGGACAAACACCUCUGUGCAGCUGUAGGACACCGACACUGAAGUGCAUCAGCUAAAUAAUCCUCUGAAGAAGAAGAAGAGGAUUAUUUGCAGGCUCAUUCUUCAGUAAUGGAUUCCUCUCUCUUAAUGCUUUAGUGUUCAUGGGCCAUUUGUUCUCCUCUUGAAAUUCCCAGAUCUCAACUGGGAGCAGCUGCAGAAGGGAGAGGAGUUGGGAAGCACCACAGAGAGCCAGGAGCCAACAAAUCAUCUCAGCACCUAAAUGAGGCAUUAAGUCUGAUCUAUUGCUCUGUCUGAAGCCUCACCAGGGAACACAAGUAUUAGAAAUGGCAGAAAAGGUGAAUAACUUCCCACCACUCCCCAAGUUCAUCCCUCUGAAACCAUGUUUCUACCAGAAUUUUGCUGAUGAAAUUCCCAUCGAUUACCAGUUCCUGGUGAAGAGAAUCUAUCAUGUGUGGAUCUUUUACUGCAUCACGCUGGCCGUGAACCUCAUCUCCUGCCUGGCCUGGUGGAUUGGGGGAGGCUCUGGGGCCAACUUUGGCCUGGCCAUCCUCUGGCUCAUCCUCUUCAGCCCCUGUGGUUACAUCUGCUGGUUCCGACCUGCCUACAAAGCCUUUCGGUCGGACAGUUCCUUUAAUUUCAUGGCCUUUUUCUUCAUCUUUGGGGCUCAGUUCCUCCUCACAGUGCUGCAGGCGAUCGGCUUCUCCGGAUGGGGAGCGUGUGGAUGGUUGGCAGCCAUCACCUUCUUCAGCACCAGUGUGGCAGCUGCUGUGUUCAUGCUGUUCCCUGCCAUCAUGUUCACCAUGUCAGCAGUUGCCAUGUUCAUCUGCAUUAUUAGGGUACACAAAAUCUACCGAGGGGCUGGUGGAAGCUUCCAGAAGGCUCAAGAUGAGUGGAACAGCGGCGCAUGGAGGAACCCUCCCAGCAGGGAGGCCCAGUACAGCAAUUUUUCUGGGAACAGCCUGCCAGAGUAUCCCACAGUGCCCAACUACCCCUCUGCAAACCAAUGGCCUUAAGCAGCAACAGCUGCAAACUGCCUGGAGUCUCUCCUUUUUUGGUCUUUUUAUUCUUGUUCUUGGAAAAGAUCAUUUGCAUUCCCCCCCAGGCACCCCACUCAUCUCGAGGACCUUCCUGGUUCUUGUCUCCUGAUCCCUGAGGAAUGUCCUGCUCUCAGCCCUUCCCUCUUCCACUGCACUGCACGGCCAUGGCAGAAAGCUUUUUGUUUGCCUUGAGUCACCAGUAUUUGCCUCGUUGCAGACUGAGAACAAACCCUUCACUGCCCUUGCUUGAGGGAAUCCUCUCCUGAGCAUCCCUGGAAAAGGCUCAGCUUUCCCACGAUGGCAACACUCCCACAGCUGCCCCUGCUCCUGCUCAGCUCCCAUGGAAUGCCCAGCACAGCACCACACCUUCUGUAGCAAAAGCAAUCAGAGCAACUGGUGUUUACUCUCCUGGAUGAAUAAUGUGGAAAUUUUCACUCUAAGGGAAAUGCAGCACUUAAAUUAUUUGGUACUGGUGAGGCUGAAGUGAUUUGUGAAAGCUCCACCCUCCGUGGGAGGACCCUGCAGGUAACAGAGGUGCCCUGGGUGAGUCCUCGGAUGGGAAACCCCACAAGUCCUCCUUGCCUGGCUCAGACUGUUGUGAUGCUGCAGCUCUUGCUUUCCCUGCUGCCAAAACCUCUUGCUGGAUCUGUGUGUUCCAAAGGUGCAGAUUCAUCUCCUUAGGUCCAUGAUUGCUUGCUCAAGCCUGAAUCAAAGCCCAGUGGAAACCAGUGCAGAGCUGACACUGGGCCUUGGUGAUGCUCAACCUGGUACAGGGGCUCAGCACGAGAUUUCCCCACCAUGAAACUUCCAGCCAGGUUUAGUGCUGGAUGCAAAAUAAUGAUUGAUCUCAGUGCUGGAGCUCCAGUGUGGUUUGGAAAUGCUUCUGUUACAAUGAAUAGUUUAAUUCUGCCUGCUGCUGGUGUAGCUGAACUGCAGAUAUUACAGUGGGAGACCAAGGGAAGCUUGUUAGUCCUCAUGGCUGCUGUUGGCUGGCAGGAUUUCCAUGAAAGAGAGAUUCCUGCCUUUCUCCAGCCAUCAGGGAGGAUGAAGCUGUUGAGAGGGAUUGUUUUCCCUGAGGUUAUCCUCCACCUUGUCAUUCAUCUCCAUUCUGUGCCUGAGCCAUCCAAUUCCCUGUGUCCUACAGCGACCCAGGCAGCAAAGGCUGCAGUUUCCUCUUCCCCCUCAGCCUGCUGUGAAUUUUUUAAAACCUGUCCAAACUGGGAGGUCAGUUCCCAAUUUUUUUAUAGGGAGUGAACGUUCCAAGUCUUUGGCUCUCAAAGUUUUGGUCAAUAUACAAAGUGCUCCAUUUGGGAGACCAAGGAGGGGUUGGGCACCCUGGGGAUCAGACCCAGAGCCUGCUGCCUUGGCAGGCUGUUGAUGGGGUUAUUCCAAAUUCCCAAAUUCACACUGAGCAACUGGAAAACAAAAGUGGCUCCUGGAAAGGGACAGGGACAUGGUACUAGCUAGGUGGAAUUGAUUUGCAAGUGAUCUUCUGAAAUGUUUUCUCUACAUGUGCCUUAUCUAAUGAAAUCACGGCUCACAGAGGAGAGCUCCUGCUUGCCCCUGCAGAAUUUCCCUGUUAACUUGUCCUGUGUCACACUGUAAAUAAUGAGGGAAGCACAGCCUGGAGUCUACAUGACCCCUGUGUUACCAGGGCCAAAGCAAAAACCAUCCCAGAUUUCCCCAAAUUUCCCCAAAUUUCCGUUUACAGCCACACUGACCCCCCUGCACUGGCUCUGGGACGUGCUCCCAACACCAGGGGUUUUCCUGGAGAGUGUGCAAUGUGCUUGGCACGAGGAGCUCUUGGAGCCUUGUGAACAGAACAUGACCUGAUGGCAUUGUGAAGCUUUUAGGUGCCUUUGUCUAGUGUCAAGUGUAAUUUUAAGUGUUCUUUGUUGCUUGCCAUCGGAGUGAUGGAAGAACUGCCUGGCGUUGACUCCCUGGAAAUACAAUGGAUGCACCAGGAGGUGAGGGCUGAAGGUGCCAUUGGCCACACCUGGGAGCCAGGACAUGUCCCUCAGUCCUGCCCUUUGCCAAAAUUCCUCAAAACCAUUUGAUACCUGCUCCAUUUCAGUGUGUCAAGUUGGAGGUUUUGAAGGAGCCAAGAGGAGAAGUGUUGGUGGAGGCUCCACAUCCUUCUUCUCUUUGGGAUUUUCCCCUUGGAGAAUCUGGGGGCUGUGUUGAAGCACCCACCCUCAGCCACACUGGAAAUGUUUGCUGCAAGGAGAGGGGGUGCCUGGGAGCCUGCCCACCACAAUGGUUGGAGCUGGACACCAAACCCACACCCUGUUAGGCUGCACUGCCUGAGAUCCCUGUGGAGAUCAAAGCACCUCCAGGUGGGAGCUCCAUCCCAUCCCCUCCCUCCUCUUCAAUGCCAGAAACCGUAAUUCCAGAAAGUCCAACACGCUGCCUGAACAACUGGCUUAAUUUUUUUUAUUUUUUUUCUUUGUUUUGGACUCCUCUGUAUGUUUUUAAAUGUUUACAUUAUUAGAUUUCUAAAAGUUCUUAACACCAUUAACCCGGCCCUGGCUCCUGGUGUGGUCGGGCGUCACGUGCCGUGUCUGUGUGUGAUGUUUCGUGUCACCUGUGGAGCUCUGGGUUUUGUUUUGUGUUUUUCUCUUGAUCACAAGACAAUAAAUGCUCAUCCUGUGCUUGAUGAGGAGAACUGGC